AUAUUAUUAUAAAAUUUUAGCAAUUAAGUGUAGACAUUUCUGUUGAAAUAAUUUUACAAAAGUUAAAAUAUGCAUUUAUAUCAAUUAACACUCCAACGAUCGUCUGCAAUUUACAAUGCUGUUCAUGGCAAUUUCUCAGGCACCAAACUGCAAGAGAUUGCUGUAUCUAGAGGAAAAGUUCUUGAGUUGCUGCGUCCUGAUCCUAAUACCGGUAAAGUUCAUCCUUUAUUUGCCACAGAAGUUUUUGGAGUUAUAAGAGAUUUAAUGGCUUUUCGCUUAACUGGUGGAACAAAAGAUUAUCUUGCUGUUGGAUCAGAUUCUGGGCGUAUUGUUAUUCUUGAAUAUUUACCAGCUAAGAACUGUUUUGAGAAAGUGCAUCAAGAAACUUUUGGAAAAAGUGGUUGUCGCAGAAUUGUUCCAGGGCAAUAUUUAGCUGCUGAUCCUAAAGGACGAGCUAUUAUGAUAGGUGCUAUCGAAAAACAGAAGUUUGUCUAUAUUCUAAAUCGAGAUGCACAAGCAAGAUUAACAAUCUCAUCGCCGCUAGAAGCUCAUAAAUCACACAAUGUUGUGUUUCAUAUUGUUGGGAUUGAUGUUGGUUUUGAAAAUCCAAUGUUUGCCUGUUUGGAGUUAGACUAUGAAGAAGCAGAUGUAGACCAUACAGGCGAAGCUGCACAGGCUGCACAACAAACUUUAACAUUUUAUGAAUUGGAUCUUGGACUAAAUCAUGUUGUGCGAAAAUAUAGUGAACCAUUGGAAGAGUUUGCAAAUAUGCUUAUUUCUGUUCCCGGAGGAAAUGAUGGACCUAGUGGUGUGAUAGUUUGCUCAGAAAAUUAUUUAACAUAUAAAAACUUUGGCGACCAGCGUGACAUUCGAUGUCCAAUUCCUCGGAGAAAGAACGACUUGGAUGACAAUGAAAGAAGCAUGAUAUUUGUGUGCACAGCUACCUACAAAACAAAAUCAAUGUUUUUUUUCUUGGUUCAAUCUGAGCAAGGUGAUAUAUUUAAAGUUACUCUAGAAACUGAAGAAGACAUGGUGACAGAAAUUCGUGUUAAGUAUUUUGAUACCAUACCUGUAGCAUCAGCACUGUGUGUUCUUAAAACUGGAUUCCUUUUUGCUGCUUCAGAGUUUGGAAACCAUGCAUUGUAUCAAAUUACUCAUCUCGGUGAUGACGAUGAAGAGCCAGAGUUUUCUUCUUUGAUGGCAACAGAGUUAGAUGAAGGUGAAACCUUUUUCUUUCAUGCUCGUGACUUGCAGAAUUUAGUCCUGGUUGAUGAAAUGGAAAGCUUAGCACCAAUAAUGCAUUGCCAAGUAGCAGAUUUAGCUAAUGAAGAUACUCCUCAGCUCUAUGCUGCAUGUGGUCGAGGACCUCGUUCAUCACUUAGGGUUUUACGUCAUGGUUUAGAGGUUUCUGAAAUGGCUGUUUCAGAACUACCAGGAAACCCUAAUAGUGUUUGGACUGUUAAAAAAAAUUCUACUGAUGAACAAGAUGCAUACAUUGUUGUUUCCUUUGUAAAUGCAACACUUGUACUUAGUAUUGGAGAAACUGUGGAAGAGGUUACUGACAGUGGUUUUCUUGGAACAACCCCUACUUUAUCUUGCUCACUACUUGGUGAAGAUGCUCUGCUACAGAUAUAUCCUGAUGGAAUUCGCCAUAUUCGUUCAGAUCGUCGUGUUAAUGAAUGGAAAACACCUGGUAAAAAAAAUAUAAUACAAUGUGCUGUAAAUGAGCGUCAAAUUGUUAUCGCCCUCACUGGUAAUGAGCUUGUUUAUUUUGAACUUGAUCAGUCAGGUCAGCUUAAUGAAUAUACCGAGCGUAAAGAAAUGAGUGCAGAUGUUGUGUGCAUGGCAUUAGGUCCAGUUCACGCUGGAGAGCAGCGUUCUAGAUUUUUAGCUGUUGGAUUAAUUGAUAACACUGUUCGAAUUAUAUCAUUGGAUCCAAAUGAUUGUUUGGAGCCUCUCAGUAUGCAAGCUUUGCCAGCAGCAGGAGAAUCACUGUGUAUAAUUGAAAUGGGUGGUACUGAAGUAGGAGAGAAAGGAACUGCAGGAAAUGCUGGAGGCCUUUUUCUUAAUAUUGGUUUAGCAAAUGGUGUUUUACUUCGUACUGUUCUUGAUUCUGUUACUGGCGACCUAUCAGAUACACGAAUCAGGUAUCUUGGAUCAAAACCAGUAAAAUUAUUUAAUGUAAAAACUUAUGGAUGCAGCUCGGUUUUAGCAAUGUCUAGUCGUACCUGGCUGAGUUAUACUUACCAAUCUCGUUUUCACCUGACACCUCUAUCAUACGAAUCUCUUGAAUAUGCUUCCAGCUUUGCUUCUGAACAAUGUCCAGAGGGGAUAGUAGCUAUAUCAUCCAAUACUCUCCGUAUAUUAGCGCUGGAAAAGUUGGGUGCAGUUUUUAAUCAAGUCACAACUCCAUUGGAUUUUACUCCACGCAAGUUUGUGGUUGACCAUAAAUCUCACACCCUUAUCAUGAUAGAGACCGAUCAUAAUGCCAUGACAAAAACUUUCAAGUUAGAUCGCAAGCAGCGUAUUGCAGAGGAAAUGGUAGAAUCAUGUGGAGACAACGAUGAGGCUCGUGCUGCUGAGUCACAAGUUGCUGCAAAUUUUCUCAAUACUGACAUUCCAGAGAUACAGUUUGGUGCUCCUAAAGCUGGUAUUGGUAGAUGGGCAUCUAUUGUACGUAUAAUGGAUCCUAUCAGAAGUGAAACUCAUCAUGAAAUUCAACUUGAACAAGACGAAGCUGCAUUCUCAGUAUGUCUAACUGAAUUUGCGAAUCAACCAGGUGAUCGAUUUGUUAUAGUAGGGUGUGCAACAAAAAUGAUUUUAAAUCCACAUUCCAGUCAAUCGUGUUCGAUCCAUACAUAUCAGCUCUAUCAAAAUGACAGAGGUCGCAUGCAACUUGAGUUGUUGCAUAAAACACCUGUUGAUGAUAUUCCUGGUGCGCUUUGCUCAUUUCAAGGUCGCCUUCUAGUUGGUGUUGGCCGUAUUCUUCGUAUAUAUGAUCUUGGUAAAAAAAAAUUGCUUCGCAAGUGUGAAAAUAAAAAGGUUUCUACAUUUAUUACUGGAAUAGAUACAAUAGGUUAUCGGAUUAUGGUACAUGACAUUCAGGAUUCUUUUCACUUUUUAAAAUACAAACGAAAAGAUAAUCAGCUAGUUUUGUUUGCAGACGAUGUAAAUAAAAGAUUUCUUACAUGCGGAUGCUUAGUUGAUUACGAUACCAUGGCUGGAGCUGACAAAUUUGGAAACAUUUUUUUUGUUCGGUUGCCAGCAGAUGUUAAAGAUGAUAUUGAAGAAGACCCAACUGGUGUAAAAGCUUUAUGGGAUCGUGGUUUAUUAAAUGGGGCUUCGCAAAAAGCUGACGUUGUAUCUGUUUAUCAUAUCGGAGAAACAGCAUUAUCAUUGCAAAAAGCUACACUCAUACCAGGAGGAUCAGAAAGUUUAGUGUAUACAACAGUUUCUGGUGGAAUUGGAAUGUUGGUACCAUUUACUUCAAGAGAGGAUAUUGAUUUCUUCCAACAUCUGGAAAUGCAUAUGAGACAAGACUCUCCGCCUUUAUGUGGUCGGGAUCACCUCUGGUUCCGUUCUUCUUUUUCUUCUGUAAAAAAUUGCGUUGAUGGUGAUUUAUGUGAACAGUUCAAUUCACUUGAAUACGCUAAAAGAAAAGCUAUUGCUGAAGAGCUUGAUAGAACUCCAGCCGAGGUCUCAAAAAAGUUAGAAGAUAUUCGAACAAGAUAUGCUUUUUAAAAACGAAGAAUUAUCCUUUGAAUUACAACAAAAUAUUGUUUCUGCGACAAAGUUGGAUUCUGAUGUCCUCGUUAUUUUCCAAAAUGUUAAUACAAAUAUUUAUCAUCUUA